AUGUUCGUCAACGUUUUCGUCGCUGCAGCAUGCGAUCCUGCCGACCGGUCUGGAUAUCCGAUUAACUCCAACGCCAGCUGGGCCAACAUCCACGUGUACCACAACUGCGUGGGCGGCAUGCAGACCAGCCAGUUGGAGACGGAGCAGCGUCAGACCUGUGACGAGAGUGCCAGCCCACCGGCCUACACCGGCGCCGUUCUGCCGUGUGACCAUUGCAUCGCGGACCCCUUCGAGCCCGAUGACGACUUCACGGCCGUCAGCAGCUGGGACAACACGACACGCAACCUGGGGCAUCAGGUUGUCUUCACGUGCCGAAGCGGUCUGCUGACCGCGGACGGCAGGACUAAUCAGACGCAGACGUGCGCCAUCGGAGGCUGGGAGGGGGUCGUCGAGCACUGCUCCGUGUGCGCCUGGUCCAGCGGCUUCAACAGCUCGGUGUUCAGCACGUCCGUCAGCGGGUCCAGCUUCGGACAGCUGGUGGAGAUGGCGUGUCCGGACGGCCUGGAGGCGGCGGACGGCGCCGUCAACAGCACCGCCAUCUGCACACCGGACAGCUGGGACAAGUGCCACGACUCGUUCAACUGCUCGCCCUGUCUGGAGCAGCCGUUCAACGCCAGCAGCCUGCCUGGUCUAAGCAUCGCUUGGAACGAGUCGCGCGCCGCCGGUGUCGUCGCCAACUACACGUGCAGUGACGGCACGUCGACCAGGGAGGGCCGGCUCUGGCAGAGCCAGAACUGCUGGCUCGGCUGGCAGGAAAGCAUUUUGCCCUGCGACGUGUGCACCGGCGACCCGGUGAACGUGACCGGUCUGCGCACCAUAGUCAGCGACUGGGCCGGCAACUGGUCGAUGGGCAACAUCGUCACCUACACAUGCCAGGCGAACCUGAGCACGGCCGCCGGCCAGACGCUGCAGCACGUCAACUGCACCCAGGACGGAUGGGUCGGCGACAUCCAGCCCUGUGACACGUGUCCGCCGCCGCCGUCGGGUAACCACACCAGCGUGCGCCACGCGAACCAGCAACGGAACAUGGCCAACCGGCUGGGCUCGGUGGUCACUUACCACUGCCACGACGGCCUGAGCACGGCUGACGGCCAAACCCAUAUUCGGGCGGUGUGCGAGCUGGGCGGCUGGUCCGUCUGCGAGGCCGAGAUCGAGUGCAACUCUGUCGGGUUUGUGGUGCAGUUUGGCGGUCCGGGGGCUGCGGCCGGCUGCUAG